AGUAUCAGAGCAAGGGCUCCAAUUUGAAGGUUUAACCACCUAGGAGUUGAUCAAGGAUGGCUCAAUUUCAAGCUUCUCAACCACUUGAAGGUUUGUCUACCACUAGGCCUCCUUUCUUUGAUGAGACUAAUUACAAUUAUUGGAAGAAAAGGAUGAAGGUCUUCAUACUUGCAAAUGUGCCCAAGGCAUGGAUUGUGACUAUGAAAGGUCCAUAUGUACCUAUGAAAGUUGUUGGAGAAAGAGAGGUGCCAAAGGAAGCAAUUGAAUGGAAUGAUGAAGACUUGAGGAAGAUCAUGAUCAACAACAAAGCAAUCAACAUGCUUCAAUGUGCUCUUAAUCCAAUGGAAUUCCAUAGAGUAUCCGGAUGUGAUACGGCCAAGAAGAUGCGGGACAUGCUGGAGGUAACACAUGAAGGAACAAGUCAAGUGAAGGAGUCAAAAAUCAAUAGACUCAUUUACAUGUAUGAGCUUUUCAAGAUGAAAUCAGAGGAGAGCAUUCAAGAUAUGUAUACAAGAUUGAAUGAUAUAGUCACCAAUCUCAAGGCUCUUGGUAAAGUUUAUCCUUCUCAAGAAGUGGUGAGGAAGGUUCUUAGAAGCUUGCCUAAGAAUUGGGAAGCGAAGAAGACCGCAAUAAAGAGUCUAAGGAUCUCAACACUCUCAAGCUUAAAGAUCUCAUUUGGAAAAUUGAUGACAUAUGAGAUAGAAGUUCAAGUUGAUGAUAGAGUUGAAGUAGUUGAGAAGAAGAAGAAGGAUGUUGCAUUCAAGGCUAGCAACCAAAAGGAAAAGAGUGAAGAUGAUGCUAGUGAUGGUGAAAACAUCUCCACCUUGAUCUCUAGAGAAGUGAAGAGAUUCAUGAAGAAGAACAUCAAGAGCAAGCUUGCAAAAAGAGAUGAAGGAGAGUCUACCAAAAGGAGUGUGAAAUGCUAUGAGUGCAACAAGAUGGGGCACUAUAAAAAUGAAUGUCCCAAAUUGAAGAAGGGUGAAAGGAAAAACAAGAAGAGCAUGAAGAAGAAAGCUUUUACCGCCAGUUGGAGCAAUGAUGAGACUAGCUCAACGGAAAGUGAAAGCUCCUUGGAAAAUGGUGUUGCAAAUCUUUGCUUCAUGGCUCAAGAGGACAGCUACAAUGAUGAGGAGAGCCGGCUCAACCAUUUUCACAGCCGGCUGAACCCAAAAACCCGAGAGUCUUCUCUCUCUAAAGUUAAGCCGGCUCCAGGACUAGAGCUGGCUCUCCUGCAGCUAUUUAAAUCAUUCGGGUUUCUCUCUCCUCGCACAAACCAGCCCAGAUCUGUUUUAUUUCCUCACCCAAACCCGCGGCCUCUCCUCUCCCAAAACUCGCCAUUCACUCUCCCAAACACCAAAAUCCCUCCAAAUCUCCAAAGCCCAUCCCUUAAAUACUCAAAUACCAUCAAAUCCUUGCCUAUCCAACACAAAACCUCAAGCUUUUCACUCCAAUUUGUGUGGGAUUGCUGUGUUUUCUCUCUCAUGGCUUCAAGGAGGGCUGGAAGUAAAAGGAAACAAGUGGGUAGUUCUAGCACCGGUGGUCAAGCUCAAGAAGAAGAUAUACCUGAAGGAGGAGAUGAUGACUUUCAGGAUAUAAAUCAUGCCUUAGUUAGAGCCAAAAUUGCCCCCAAUUGCACUGAAAAUCAAAUUAAAGUAGGGUCCCUUACACCAGAAAAUAGAGCACUACAGUGGAUUGUAUCUCGCAUUAUUGCUCAGAGAAAGGGGUCAAAAUCUUUUGUACUUGCUAGUGAUCUUCCCUGGUUCGACUAUCUUCUUAAAGGAAAAAAGGUGAAUCUUGGAAGAUUCAUUUUACAGAGCUUAAUCAAGAAUUACUCCUCUGAUAUGGGUUUUUCACAUCGUGCAUUGAUUACUAGGCUAGUAAAAAGACAUAAUAUUGAUCUUGAACCUUUUAAGUAUGGGAAAAUUAAAGAUGGGACCACUAUCACUAAAGCAUCCUUUGAAAAAAUGCAAGUUGUGUUUCGGAAUGGUAGUUGGAGGAAGAAAGGGGAUCAAGCAAUGGAACAGCAAAGUGAUGAAGAAGAGGGUGAUACGGAUCAAGAAAUGGCAGAACAAAGGGAAGAAGAACAUGGAGGUGAUAGCCCAAGACCCUUUCAAGUGUCCAUGCACAGGACUAACCGUGAAACCAUGGAGCUUAUGAUAAAUGAGAUGUGGCAGCUGCACAUCGACUUCUAUGGUUUCUGGACAGAAAUGAGAGGGAGAAUGGAUAUCGUGGAUGGAAAGCUUGAUCAGCUUGUUAACCAUUUUUUUCUUCCACCCCCACCUAGUGCCACCUAACUUGAUAUUUUUUUAGUUUGGCUAAUCUUUAGGGUGGACAUCUCACGGUUAUGCAUUUUAUGUUUUUAGGCUUGUGAUUAUGUUUUUAUUUUACUAUAGAUAUUUCUUGAACCUUUUUAUCUUGUUUUAUGAAUGGAAAUGGCAUCACUUGUGUUAUCAUGCUUUGUGAAUGGUUGUUUAUGAUUUUGAUGAUUAUAUGCUCUUAUUGAGGGGGAGUUUAUUGGUUGAUAAUUGUAUUCAUGACUUUGGUUGUCUAUGGUGCUAUAUUGAUGAUGAUUAAUGAUUAUAUUCAUUACAUAUUCUUGAUGCUUUAAAGGUUGAUAGCAUAAAUUAAGGGGGAGUUU